AUGGAUCUCUACAAUUCACCUGCAUCGCCCGAGGUCAGACGGCCCGGACAAAGGCAGCCAGUAGCAGGUACAGUCGGCUCUUCGAAUUCCCGUGUUCUCCCUCAAGCGUCCCUCUCCUCCGACGAAUCCACCUCCGAGAGUGUCAAGGUUGGCACGACGCGUAUCGUGCGCGGUACGCGUCCUGUGGCCCACUCGCGGCAGUCGUCCGAUCCCAACUCGGUGUCAGAUGCCGAUCGCGCCAAGUUCAACAAGUUCCGCUUUACGUUCCCUGAGUUCGAGGAGGCGAAGGUCAAGGCUGCGUGGAAGAUUGCCGGCGGGGACCCGACCGUCGCUACGAAUAUCAUUAGGGACCCUUCCUUCAAACUUCCCUCUACACCAUCUCCUGUACACGCGCCCGCACCCUCCGCAGCUGUGUCCACUCACACUCCAGCUUCUGCCUCGAAACAUGAGCACCCUCCCUCCGGUCGUGUCAAAGAGUUUGAGGAAGCCACGAGAGCUCAACGCGCCGCGCAGAAGGAGAGAGGAAGGAGUUCUAAGAUAUAUGCACAUCGACCUCUGGAGGUGAAGCAACCCUCCCCGCGGAAAACCACCCCUCCUCGCGUGCUGUCCAAAGCAGAAUCACCACUGUCGCCUCCGCCGCCUAGUCCACCGUCUCCAGAGGUCGUCCGGCCGAAACGCUUGACCAAGAGGAAGGUCGUUGAGUCCGACGAGGAGUCCGAAAUAGAGAUUUCAGAAGCGGAUAGUGGUCCAAGUAGUCUCCCGAUAUCCCGCAAGUCUGAGGGCACUUCCGAUGAAAGAAGGGUUCUCAACUACUUCAAUUCUGUGGGGGCAGACAGUCUGCAGCAAUUGACAGGCUGCACACCGGUGCAGGCCGACGCUAUUGUUGCGCUCCGGCCUUUCGAGGACGUCGAGGAUCUCAAGGCCAAACUAGGUCAAGGAAAGAAAAAGGCAGGCCCCGCCGGUAUCAGUUCGCGCAUGUUCGACGAAUGCGUCAAGAUAUUCCGCGGUUAUGGGACCGUCGACAAUGUCCUUGAGGAUUGUGAGGAGAUCGGGAACGGGCUGAAAGAGAUCAUCGCUUCCUGGUCCUCUUCCUCUGACAAAGGGAAAGGGCGAGCGGACAGUGGUGGCUCGAGGACGCCAGAUGACUCAUCGGAGGGGGCGCUCAGUCUCACGAACUUGGCCGUGGUUGCGGAUCGCCAGCCAAAGGACUUCAUGACGGAGCAACCACGAUCUCUGACGCCUGGGGUCCAACUCAAGGACUACCAGCUCAUUGGCGUCAACUGGCUUCGCUUGUUGUACAAGCGUAGACUCAGCUGCAUCCUUGCCGAUGAGAUGGGCCUGGGGAAGACGGUUCAAGUCAUCAGUUUCUUCGCCCUGUUGAAGGAGCAAGGGAACAAGGGUCCACACCUCAUCGUUGUCCCGUCCUCGACGUUGGAAAACUGGGUUCGGGAAUUCGAUCGCUUUGCGCCAUCCAUCUCUGUCCGAACAUACUAUGGAACCAAGGACGAACGCCCUAUGCUGCGACACACUCUCAACGAUACACAAAGAAGGCAGAACAAGGACGGCUGGGAGGUGCUGAUCACCACCUACAAUCUCGCAAGUGGCGACGAGAAGGAUCGCAAAUUCUUCCGUAAGAUGGAAUGGGACUGCUGCGUGUACGAUGAGGGACACGUUCUCAAAAACUUUGAGAGUCAACGGUACCACACUCUCAUGAGGAACGAGUCUCGAUGGCGUUUGCUACUCACUGGCACACCUCUGCAAAACAACCUACAAGAGCUUGUCGUACUCAAAGACCUUCCCAAGAAGAGAGAGCGGAUCGAGUGGUGCGACAUGAACGUGGCACAGCAGACAAUCUACGACGACGCUCUCCAACGGUCUCGCAAGAUCGUAUUCGACACAACCGCCACCGGUACAGAGACACCACCGAACACUCGCGGGAAGGCUGCGAAGAAAGCCAAACCGAAGGCAAAAGACAAGAAAUGGGCAGAGAAUAGCUCCAAUGUCUUGAUGGAUCUCCGCAAAGCCGCAUCACAUCCCAUGCUCUUCCGGCAUCGCUUUACGGACAAGACGCUUGACGCCGUCGUAAAGCUUCUGGUCAAGGAGACCGAGUUCAAGACGUCUGUUCCUGCCUACCUCAAGGAAGACAUGGAAGUCAUGUCGGAUGCUGAGCUUCAGGCUUUCUUCAACCAGUAUCGGUACAUGUUGGAAGCCGAUUGCUAUCUCCAAGCUGGUAAAAUCGACGUUCUUCUCCGGCUGUUGAAUCAGUAUCGUAGCGAGGAUCGUCGAAUCCUGAUAUUCUCCCAGUUCGUCCAGGUUCUCGAUAUUCUACAAGUCAUCUUCAAGCAGCAGAAUAUCGAGUUCCUACUUCUCACCGGGGCGACCCCCGUAGACGCGCGUCAGUCACUCGUCGACGAGUUCAAUGAAAACGAAUCAAUUCCUGUCUUCCUAUUGUCUACGAAAGCCGGUGGCAUGGGCCUCAACCUGACCUCGGCCAGCGUCGUAGUGCUUUUCGACCAAGACUUCAACCCGCACAACGACAAGCAAGCUCAGGACCGCGCUUAUCGUAUCGGACAAAAGCGCGACGUAGACAUCAUCAAAUUGAUCACUCGUGGAACCAUCGAGGAGGAUAUGCUGCGGCUAGGACAAACCAAGCUGGCUCUGGACGAGGCUGUCGCUGGGGAGCUGGAAGGUGAGGCCGGGGAUAAGAAGGCGGAGGAGAAGGUAGCGAAGACAUUGAUGAGCGUGUUGAGAAAUAAGUUGGAACACUCUGAAGUGGAUGGUGAUAUAGAGAUGAAGGACGGGACUCAAGAUUCGUAG